AGCGCUGGCUCAGUGUCGCUCAGGUGUGUGGUGUGGCGGGCCGGACCGCGCGCUCCAGGGGCUGCUGCCACAGCGCCGGGCGCAGCGUCCAGCCAGCGCGGCUGUGUCGAGGCGAGUUUGGCGGCAGUGCCGCGCUGUGGUACUGUGGUGAGCGAGUCGGAGCUCGGUGGUUGUGUCUGUCUGUGUGGAGAGCUGGUGACCUCAUGCGGAGAGGCUGCCGUCCAGCUGUCGAGCUGGAGAGGAGUAUCGCAGAGCUGCGGCUCUGAACGUGUGCUGUCCGUGCUGUGUGUGAGCGACUGCGAUUGCGAACAGCGAGUGGAUCGGCUCUCGGUGGUGCUCCUAGUCCCGUGAUCUCGGUCUCUCCACCCCUGCCGAGGAGCGUCGUCCAGCCCUGCCGAGGACUGGAGUUGGACUGCCGGGGCGGGACGGACACAGGUCACGGGGGUCAGAGCUCGCUGACCGUGGGCCUCAUGUUCCGGACCGCUUGGCCGUCUCCUCCGCCGCCCGGAGGGAGCGAUGGAGACGAUGACUGCUAAGCCGGGCGGGAUGGCUCUGAACGGUCUGUCGGAGGCGUCGCCACACGGUCGGCACCGGCUGUCCCCCGGCGCGGCGGCCCAGCACCAGACGCAGCACCAGGCCUGUCACCAGUCGCAGCACCAGGCCCGGCACCAGUCGCAGCACCACCAUCAGUAUCAGCCGGUGACGCUGGAAAUGUACCGACAACUGUCUGGCUCAGGCACCGGCAGGCAGGUGUCCCACUCGAGCAGCGCCGGCUCGCUGGACUCCGAGCCGCCGACGCCCGUGUUCCGCGCCUACCUGACGCCACCGCCGGACCAGUCGCCGUUCCCGUUCCCGGCGCGGCCGGAACGGACCGCCUCCGGCCCGGAGACGGAGAGCACUCCUCGGGCGCAGCCGGAGACACCGCCUACGGCACCCGGCCGGCGGCAGACCGAGGUCCUCAGCGAGAACCAGGAGACGCAGCCGAAGCAGGUGUACCAGGAGACGGUGCCCAAGCAGCCGCUGCGCUCGGAGAGCAGCGGACGGUUUUUGUAUCCCGACCCGGCGCCGCCGGGGUCACUGGCCUCCGAUCCUGAGCCGAGCCCGCCGAACGGCAGGCCCCGGUUCCCGUACCCGGGCUCCGAGCCGGCGUCAGCUGGGAGCGAGCCGCGGCACCCGUACCCCGGCUCCGAGUCCGGCCCGGUAGGCGGUGAGCCGCGCUUCCCCUACCCCGGCUCCGAGCCUCAGUACGUCGAGACUGAUCCCAAGUUCGUGUACCAGGAGACGGAGCCGAAGCGGGCGGCGCCGCGACCGCCGGGAUGCCGGCGAUAUUCGUCGGAGGCCAACUCGCCGCGGCCGCGGCCGCGCUGCUGGCUGAAGGAGGCCGGCAGGAGCCAGUCGGACGAGCCAGCCGGGCACCGUCUGUCCGAGGCCGCUGCCGCUGCCGCCGCGGCCGCCGGCGGCCCCCAGGUGGACGACUCCAGCCUGGACGCCGACGAGACCGGCCAACUGAGCGUCAACAGUGACAUGCGCGGCAUGCAGGCGCACGUGCAGAACUCGAAUCAUGUGCACGUGGGACCCAAAGUGUUCGACCAGCGUCAGAUUCACGUGGAUCGGGUGAACUCGCUCAAUGACCAUUCCGUUCACCACCAGUGCGUGCAGACCAAACAGGAGAACAUUGGCGCGAUACACGAAUACGUGCAACACAAAAAGGAAGUGCAUAAUACGACUGAGAACAUUCGAAUCGAUCGCAUUGAAAACAAAACCGAGCACAUACAAUGGAACAAUACAGAAAUACUGCAUAACACGGGCGGAGCGAUAUACGCGAAUCGCUUGAUCCUCAAUUGUGAUUGCAAACAGUCGAGUCCCACCUCUCCGUCACCGAGCCAGCGGCCCUUCCAAGAGGCCUACAAGUUCCUCAAGACGCGCUACAUCUCGUUCACGGCGCUCUCCUCGCCGCUGCCCUGGUACGACGGCAUGGUGCACGACAUCCGGAAAAGCUGCAUCGACUUCAGCAUGGUAUCCAUGGGCGGCAACUCGAGCACACAGUCCUACGGCAGCGUCGAGCAGCUCGUCAGAGACCAGCAGUUACAGCAGCAGUCAAAAGCACUGCGUAUCAUUGUGGAAGGCCACGCCGGCUACGGGAAGAGCACGCUCGCGGCGCGUGUGGCUUUCGACUGGGCCACGGGCGCCGAUUAUCUGAAGGAGUACAGCCACGCGUUUCUCAUCUACCUGCGUGAGCUGCGCGGACCGCUGGACGAGCACAUCCGCGAGCUGCACUACCCGCAGGAGCGACCGGACGGCGACGCGUUCCUCGAGUACAUCACGACCAAUCCGGAGCGCGUGCUCUUCAUCUUCGACGGCUACGACGAGCUGGCCGAAGAUCUCCGCAAAUCGAUCGACAGCAUCAUGUCCGGCAAUGCGUUCAUGCACAGCGGCGCCCUGCUGACGUCUCGGCCCAUGCCGAUGUCGUUCAAGAAGCACUGUCAGUAUGUGAGUCUGGUCGGUUUCGACGCCGCCAAACAGUCCGAGUUCGUGCGACUUGUGUACGGCGACCGGCCGCAGACGCGCAUCGAGCACUUCCUAAGUGAUCUGGAGCGCGACCGCAGCAAGGCCGAGCUGGCCCAGUGUCCCCUCAUGUGUCUGCUGCUCUGUGAGAUGUACCAGCGCGGCAAGGCGGGCGCCCACGCCACCAAGUCGCAGGUGUACCAGGAGCUGUUCCACUACCUGAUCGGCAAGGCGGUACACCGCCGCCAUCCGCAGCCGUUGGCGGAGGAGAGCACGCGACUGGCGGCCUCCUACCAGCAGGCACUGGCCGCCUUUGGCGCCUUCUGCCUCCAGUGCUUGGCCACCGACCAGCUGACGUUUCGCAAGAGCGACAUUCCUGCGGGCUGCGGCGGCGAUCUGCUGUUCGAGAUCGGCUUCAUCGUCAAGUGCCGCCACUUUUCGUCCAAGAUGUGCAGCGAGACGUUCUACGAGCCCAUCCACAAGACGUUUCUCGAGUUUCUGGCCGCCCAGUACCUGUGCAGCAUCAUCGGCGAAGAGGAGACGCUAAAGCGUGAGCUGCUGCGGCUGCGGCAGGGCACCAGCCCCACCUCUGUGCAGCUCAUCCUGCAGUAUUUGUGCGGCCUGCGCAAUGCGGACGCCUGGACCGUCAUGGACCAGCUGGAUCUGGACGGCACGUCGCGGUCGGACCGUGACCUUCUGUUCAGCCUGCUGCGCGAGGCGGGCGAGACAGAGCUGAAUGUGGCGGCCGUCUGCAGACGGCUGCCGCAGGACCGCGUCACCGUGUACGGCUCCCACAACCACCUGGCCAUGUGGGCGCUCUGCCUGUCCUCGCCGGCCAGCAAGGUAGGCAACGUCGAGUUCCUCUGGGACGUCGGCAGCGGCCGCGCCGGAGACGAAAUCGACGAGCUGGUGGCUGUGCAGCUGGGCUUUUGGUCGGCACUGCAGAGCUGCGCCAAUAUCACCGACCUGCGCGUCACCUUCAUCUACGGCGAGUCGUCCGAAGUGCCGGCUGCCUUCGUCGACGCCAUGUGCGAGUGUAUGAAGCACUGCGCGCGACUGACGCGGCUAGAGGAACUGCACGUGAAGGCCACCGCGCCCGACAGCGGUGCCGACGCACUGCUGCCCGUGGUCAGCUCGCUGUCGCAACACGUGCGCUCGUGCACCUCGCUAAAACAGCUCACCAUGGACAUGAACCUGUCGAGCGAGAUGACGAAGCAGCUGUGCACCGGCCUGGUGCACGUGCCGCGCCUGCAGACCCUGCGGAUCCUGCGGCUCUUCUGCAACGCCGGCGGAUACGACGCGCUGGCCAGCCUCAUCGGCGAGCACAUCGGCAUCAAAGAACUCGAAGUAUCGGUGGCGCUGGCGGACGGCCCGACAGACCUGAACACCACUUCCAUCACCCAGCUGAAGCGCAAUGCCAUGCAGCGCAUCAAGGAGAUGCCGCGCCAGCAGAGCAGCCCCGAGCUGGCGCACAAGCCGCUGUGCCGCGCGCCGCACCGCACCGGGCCCGACCAGGAGCUCGAGCACCUCAAAGACGCGCUCUCGGUCAACCUGAAGGACGAGAGACGCGUGCGGGUCGUCGAGGGCGUCUGGUGCCUGGUCGACCCGUCAGGCUCCCGCGGCCUGUACCCGCUGCCCAUGUGUGACUCGAUCAGCCACAAGGCCGGCCACCACAGACUGCUGAAGGCAGUGCGCUGCUGCGGCGCCCGCCUCGAGCGGCUCACCAUCAGCCAGCAGACGCCGAUGAGUCGGAUCGACUUCGCCUGCCUCGGCGAGGCCAUCCGCAAGUCCGAGUCUCUGACGCACCUGACGCUGGCUGAUGUCACCAAGGCCGCCAACCUGUUCCCCCUGAUCACGGCGCUGCCGACCACCAAGCGGCUGGAGAGCGUGGUGCUCAAGUCGAAACAGGUGCAGAUGAACGACUUCCUCUUCUUCGUGCUCUGUCGCUGCCUGGAGCGCAACAAGUCGCUGCAGGAGCUCAACAUCCAGCAGUGGAAGUUCACGCUAGAGUCGGCCUCCUCGAUGGACUAUCUCCGCUCGCUGAUGAAGAACACAUCUCUGAACGGGCUGGUGAUGGCCGAGUGUCGCGUCUCGCUCGGCUAUCGGCUGGACGAGUUUGCCACGUUUCCCAGCGCCAGACUGAGCAGCCUAAACCUGUCCGACUGCCUGAUCGAGACUGCUGGAGGCGGCGUGAGGCGUGCCGCCGGCCUGCUCCCGCUGCUGCACGGCCUCUCCGCGCUCAGCAAGCUCAACCUCAGCGACAAGGCGGCGCCGCCGCUCAACGAUGCCGGCGUCAAGGCCUUCUUCGCCGGCCUCUCCGGCUUCAAGACGCUGCAGGAGCUGUCCAUCCGCGGCUGGCGGUACGACGUCUCCAACCCGGACACCGUCUACAACGAGACCAAGACGGCGACUAAAAAAUGCGGCCGGCUCACCACCGUGCGCAUCGACAACUCGCACUUUUCGUCCCGCUCCACCGAGUGCGGCAAGCAGUGGCUGGUGCAGGCCCUGGCCACGGGAGUGCCGCACCUGCAGGAACUCAGUCUGGCGGGGCUGAGCGCCGGCGAACCGGUGGGUGGUGCGCUCACCGUCACGCAGCUCGACCAGCUGGCCAAGAUCAUCACCAAGGCCAAGUGGACAGGCGACGAGCUGCGGUUCAUCAUGGACCGACAGGCGAUGGAUACGUUUGUCGAACUGACGCGCGUCUCCUCUCGGAUCGAAGUCGCCACCGAAGGCCGCGCUGUCACGUUCAAACGCUCGCGCGUCGGACAGUGGUGGAUGCUCAGGAGUAAGUAGGCGGUGGUCGUGCAGGACGGCUAAAUUCCACCCCGCCACGACGUCUGGCAGGCAGCCGACUGAUUCAGUGCAAUGUGCAAUGUGGAGGUGUCAAGCGUUUGACACCCGACAGGUGCCGUGGAACGCGCAUUCAGUGCUCGAGGUGGGACGCUAUCCGCCCAACGCUCACCCCGCGGGAGAUUUAUACGACACCGGCUGCCGGCACGACCUGGAGCAUGUUCACCGAGCUACAGCCUCAGACCGGCGGCUCAACCGACGCAGAGAUCGUCAAUACUCGGCACGACAGCCUCGGAUGUCGCUCCAAACAACCGCCAUCCGUACCAUCCCACCCCGGUCUGUCGCCCCACCGGCUACAUUAGCGGCACGUGACUCCGCGUGACCCUACGCGUGACCUCGGUGACUGGUCACGAGACAUUGACCUGUGAGAUCAGACACGUGUCAUCAACCGGCGAGGAAGCAUCCGGUUCGCGCCAUGAGCGCUCGUCACUGCGGCACUCAGAGUCCCGUGCCUGUUUGAAGUAGUGGUGGACGGGCCUAACGCUCCAAACGGUUUGUUGUCGCGCGCUGUUGUUUGUUGUGAUGUUUUCGACGAGUGUCGGUUCUGUGACCCGGGCCGGAGAUUCUGUGUUGGUGCUCACGGCACUCCGUGGCGAGGUGUUACUGUAUGUAUUGUAUCCGAUAUUGUUUGUCAGGCGCCGCGACACACUCGCUGCCGCGCUCGGUUACGAGAUUAUUCGUGUGGCGUGACCUGUUGAGGCGACUUACGAUGGGCUGUGUGCAGUGGGUUCAGGGUGUGUCUCGGCGGAGGCUGGGCGAUGACCGGUGAGGUGUUCUGACCCGCCCGGGAGAGUGUCAAGCCGCCGGAAACAGGCAGCGAGUAUCACCGACGUACGGGAGAUCAAGAAAGGUCGUUCCAGUACAAGCAACUACUAUGUGAGGGACGCUGCAUUGAUGUGCGACGAUUGUGUUGGUGUGUACGCAUCAGGUCCCGAAUGUGUUUUGUGUGUGUGUGCUUAGAAAGGUGCCAAUUGUUUACGUGUCACGCGUCAUGAAGUCGCAUCCGAUUCGCAUGUUCUGUGUUACGAAUGGUCAAUGUUUAUCAUCAGACAUACAUGUAAGAUAUAAAAAGGUGGAUGUUAUUAAAGACGCCAAUAUAUGCGUUGUCAAUGAUGCAUUCAAC